AGAUCACUUGGCUCAAGUCAGACAAGAGGUCGGCCGAACCCCGAGGGUUCGACGCCCGCCAUGUCUGACCCCGAUGACCAUGGACAUCACGAGGAGGGCACGGAGCUCGUGGAUCAUGAGAACGAGAUCUCGCUCCAGGAAGCAGAGGUUGACACUGGCACCGAGCCAGAGGAAGGACAAGCAGCCCCUCCAGAGGAGGUCAUUGACCUUGGUGCCAUCCGUUCUUCAGGCAGUUCAAGAGAUGGUCUUCGAAGAGCUGCACCUGCCUCCGGAGAUUGCGCAAGAAGCACAAACAGGGUGGCAAACCUUCCUGAAUUCCUGCAGUUCAAGGGAGGCGGCAGGCGAGACCAUCUACGCAGCGCUCUUCGAUGCCGCACCCAGCUUACAGAGCCUCUUCAAGACUGCGAGGUCCGUCAUGGCCAUGCGCUUCAUGAACGGCCUCAAUGCCAUUAUCAACAUUUGCCACGACCCCCCCGGGCUGAAGACGCAGGUCGAAGCGCUGGGCUUUCAACAUUUGGAUUUGGAAGUGACUCCACCACGUGUGGACAUCUUCAGGGAGGCGAUACUGGAAGUCUUGGAGAUGGAGCUUGGGCCUCGGCUCACCUCCAAAAGUCGAGUGGGUUUGCAGGUGGUGCUGAACUACGUGGGUGGCGCGUAUAUCUACAUCCGUCGUGAAUAUGCCGUCCGGAUUCGCAUAUUGCUGAAGAGCUGGGCAACAGCCAACAACAAGGAGGACGAUCCGGAAAGCCAAGCUGAAGGUUUGGUGGAGCAUAAGAAAGAAGAGGGCGAAGGAAAAGAAGAGGACAAAGAGAAGAAGGAGGAAGAUCCCAAAGCAGCGAAAGCUCAGCCCACGGCCACCACGAAUGCCGCCACGAAUGCCGCCACGAAUGCGAAUCCAAGUACAAACACUGGAGGCCCUGGAGGUGCCAACCGCGGCUCCAUGGAGAUGGGUGGGAAGAAGAGUGGUGCGAACAUGAAAGUCCCGACAAGCUUCAAUGAGAUGUUCCUCUUCAAUGCUGCUGUGAUGGGCUUUGCGGAGAGUGGCUGGAUGAGCUACGUGUUGGAACAGUUCGACAACAUCGUCACCAACGUGGCCAAUUCCUAUCGAUUGCAAGAGGAAUGUGAUGUCCUCUCCUUGGUGCUCUCAAAGUACACCGGGACCAUCAACUUGCCUGAGUUCAAGUCUGUGACCUUGGCAUCCUUGCGGUCGCUGGUACCCAAGGAAUGGGAUUCCGAGCACGAGGUUGCAUGGAACUGGCUUUGGGAGAACGUCGAGCGGAUGUUGAAGGCGAACAUGGGAAAACCACAGGUUCAAGAGAAGGCCGUGGAACGCUUCAUCAUGGCAUUGCAAGAGGAUGAGAUCAACCAUCUUCGUCGGGAAUUGUUCAAGAGGUUCUUCCAGUUGGCACCAGCAGGGCAAGACUAUUUCAAACAGUCUACGACGCGGCUCUUUUUCAUUGCAGACAAGAUCAUUGAGAUGACGGUGGAGAUGUACAAGAACCCCAAGUCAAUGGUCGAAGACCUUUCUGCUUUGGGCUUGCGCCAUGUGGGCUAUGCCAUCCCCACGGAGCUCUUUGCCCCCUUCGUCUCCAGCGCGGUGGACGUGGUGCGUACGAUGACCUCUGAUGAGAGCGCCGAGACGGGUUUCCGCUGGUCGUUGACCUUGGUAGCCAAGAUCCUCGUCCGGACCAUUUUGGAAGGCUCCACCAUUGUCAUGAAGGCCGUGAACACCAACUCUGAAAAGGCCUUGAAAAAGGCCAUCUCCGUGGCGCCCCGUGGGCGACGAGCCACGGACCUGCUGAACAUCACCGUAGGCUCUCAGUCUAUUUCACCCUUCUACUGGUCCAUUGAGAGUGGGAGCUUGAUUUGCGCAAAGGCCAUGCUGCAAGAUCUCUUGACGAUCCGCGCAGAUCGUGACCUUUACUACUAUGGAUGCGAUGCCUUGUUCACACGACAUCCGGAGCUGAUUCAUCGUUUGUGUGCCGAUGCACCUUCGCUUCUGCCAGUGGUCCUGGACCACCUGGUGUGGCGCUCUCGGUUGACUGUGGGAGGCUAUCGGCGCACCAACUACUACGUGAAGCACUUAGUUCAAGACCAGGAUGAGAACUUCAGCCAGGCCUUGGAGUGGCUGUCCGACUUCGGAGAGCCCAAGAUCAUUUGCCACCCUGUGGUGGUGCUCUUCGCGGACAUGAUUUGGUUUCACCUGGCCAUGUAUAGCUUCCUGGUUGGGCGAAUCUAUUUCUUGUUCAUGCUGUGCUUGUUCAUCACCAGUCAAGCGAUCAUCCCACGACUGCAAGCGGACCAUGCGCCCACAAGGGAGGAGAACAUUGCCCUCUUUGUGUGCCGAUGCAUGAUCUAUUUGGGCUCCAUGUUGAAGAUUUUCUAUAGCCAGAUUCGCAUGCUCGUGGCGGAUUGCCGGAGUCGCUCUUUCGAGAGGUUCCUGGUGAUUCCCGUGCCGACAUAUUUGACCAGUUUUCAAGAGUUCGGCAACUUGAUCUUGUUGAUCAUUCUGAUUUUGAUGUGCACACAAGAGCCUAUCUUCUAUUGCCUGGGCACGCCGGAGUUUGAGCAGUCAAUCUUCACCCCCCUUUGCGAAGCCUCGUUGAGUAAGAAGGAGAUCUAUUCCCUCUUCUCAGGCCUUGGGAUCCUUCUCUACUGGGCUUUGUUAAUGGAUUUCACCAUUGUGUCUAUGCGCAUCUCAUCCUUUGUGAUGGUUUGCGGUCGAGUUCUUCAAGAGGUUGGGCUCUUCUUGAUGGCCUUGGUGUUUGCCAUCCUGGCCUUCGCAACGUCCAUUGCGUCCUUGAGCCACCAGCUGGGAGAUUUCGACAGCAUUGACAGGGGCAUGUUUGCUUUACUACAGAUGACUCUCAAGAUGUACCCAACCUCUGGGUACUACAACAUUCGAGAGGAGCCAUGGGUCCUCACAGCCGUUUGCAUUUUUGCCAUCGCCAUCACCAUUUUCUUCUUGAACUUGCUCAUUGCACAGUUGAACCAGGCCUACCAAGUCGUCUACGAGGACAUGCAAGGCUUUGCACGUCUAAACAGGGCGUCUGUCAUUGUGGCCACACUGCUGGAAGUCAGCCCCAAGCGCUGGAAACGCUUCCUCACCAGCUUACGCUUUGACGAGCGUCUGGAGUUCAAUGAAGGAGACAUCGGCAUGGCAGGUGGCAUCCAGAUCAUGGAGCCCGCCAACGACACUUCGGCGGUGGACACCAUCAAGAGGUUUGGUGGUUCCACUUCACCGAACAUGCCGUGGCCAGAAGAGGAAGAAGACGGCGAUGAGGAUCGCUUCGACCGGUUGGAAAAGCUGAUCGUGCGCACCACAAAGAGCAUCACUGGCAAGAGAAAGAAAGGAGCUGGAACUUCUUCAACAAUGGGUGGCUCGGGCGUGUCAGGUGGCGGAACCUCGAAGAGUGCAGAAUCCUCGAACAGCUCUGCUGACUAGGACAGAUUCCACUUGGACCCGAGCCGGCCAAGCGGGCGCUGCACGCGGAAUGAGAAGCCGCGGGACCAUCUAUGUGUGAUAUGAUUCAUUUGCUGGUGCAUGCCGGUUUAUUGUUGGACGGA